UGAAAACAAGAUGUCUGCCAGAAGAUUGCAGAGAUUUGUCGUCAACUCCUAGCUGUGUUUUGCGUUUGGAACUUUGCCUACCUCGAUGAGUGGCGAUGAAAUGAAAUUUCUAACGGAAGUUCUGUAAAUAAAUUCCAUUGGACCCAUUAAAAUGUAUUGAAUAAAUAAUAUCCGAACGAGUAUACCGUCCUCCGACAAGUGCACGAUAUGUGUAACUCAUGACUGGAAAGAAUGUCUAAUACCCUCCGCGCAGGCUCAAGCGCAGUCGCAAAGCUCGGCAAUAUUUCGACUCCCGCUUGCGCACAGAGAUGUGCGCUGCUGGACGGCCGAAUGCAGACGACACGUUUGAUGCCUAUAAACGUACCCCCAUAUUCAAAAAAUAAUCUCCCAUUUCGAAACCCCCAAACCCGUGUUCCUUCAGGCUUCAUGUCGGCCAUUAUCAUAAUGUAGAUCAAAGGCCCUGGCAACCAUAAUGGUCAAAAAUACUUCACUUGUUUCUGAUCGGCUUCUACUGACGUUGUAAUACAAGUUAAAUGUUAAUUUUUACCACAAAAAUAUGUCCACAACUCCUCAGCAAUACUAAGUUUGCCGGUCCGUACCACUCUUAUGAAAAACCCAACUUGUUGAAAAACUCAAAUGUUUGCACAAAUUGCAGUGAAGAAAGUCAUAGUAACCUGCAUCAUUCCACGACCAUUCCUGUUUAACCGUAUCUGACAGUAUGAAUCACGCCGGCAUGUCAUCUACAGUGCAUGGUACUAUAGCAGGAAAUGUGACCAUGACUUCUCAGAUCAAUGCUAUGAUGGAAGAUGACUUGAGUGAGCCUAGCUCCCCUGAGAGUGGUUUUGAUACAUCCGACUUCCUCCAAGGGACAGUGACUGAUGAUGUGACUGCCCAGCUUGCAGCUGCUGGGCCUGUUGGGAUUGCUGCUGCUGCUGCAAUAGCCACUGGCAAGAAGAAGGGGCAUCCACAUCAGUUUGAAACAAACCCCUCCAGGCGCAAGCGUCAACAGACAAGGCUGCUCAGGAAACUGAAGAGCACCAUAGAAGAAUACACAACCCGUGUUGGGCAGCAGGCCGUUGUCUUGUGUUGUACACCAGGCAAACCAAGUCAGACAGGAUCGUCUUUCAAAGUGUUUGGCUCUCAGCCCUUGGAGAGUGUGAUCCGGAACUGUCGGGGGAUGGUGAUCCAGGAGCUGGAGACCUCCCUGCAGGACCAGGCUCCUCAGUCACAGUGUGACAACUCCCACCUCCACGAGCUGCCUCUGCUCGUCAUCGAUGGCAUCCCGACACAGGUCGACAAGAUGACACAAGCACAGUUGCGCAACUUCAUCCCUGAGAUGUUGAAGUACUCAACUGGCCGCAGUAAGCCUGGCUGGGGAAAGCCGGAGUGUAGGCCUGUAUGGUGGCCUAGUGACCUCCCCUGGGCGAACGUUAGGAGUGAUGCACGUAGUGAUGAAGAAAAGAAAAGGGUUUCCUGGACUGAAGCUCUCCGUACAAUUGUGAAAAAUUGUUACAAACACCAUGGUCGUGAAGACUUGCUUCAUGUGUUCAAUGAUGAUGGCACGUCCCAGGCACAGGCCCAGAACCACACUGCCUCACACUACCAGGGGACUAUGGUACAGACUAUCAACAACCCAGAUGGAACUGUAUCUAUCAUCCACAUCGACACUGGACCCACAGGCAACUCAGUUGUCACUCUGCCUGAUGGAACUCAAGCCACAGUUGUACAUGCAGUUACUGCACAGCAACUGCAUGACAACCACCAGCAGGAAGCAACUCAAGCAGUGCAAACCCUAGCAGAAGUUGCGGCCAAUCACCAGGAGGUUGGUCAACUAGUCACCCCUGUCAGCGUGGAGAUGGCAGAUAACACAGCCACUGUCACUACACUUACUGGCGCCUCAAUCAACUCAAGUGGACAGAUUAUAUUCACAGGAGAUGGUUCUCUAGGAGGCAUUGUGACCAUACCAGCAUCCGUGUAUCAUACAGUAGCCUCCAGCAUGGGUACUAUAGGAGAUAACCCCAAUGUGCAGAUUGCCAUGGCUCCCCUGACCCAGCUAAAGACAGAGGUGCCCGACGCAACACAGGCUGUGGAAGUGACAUCAAUCGACCAGGGACAAACCUCAUGACAUCAAUUUGUGUGAUGUAGUCACAUUUGCACCCCACUGAUAGGACACAUCUCUUUGCUAGCUUGUUCUACCCAUGAAACUCCACUUCACGCACAUGCACAUGAAUGAUAGCACUAUACAUUGUGAUACAAGACUCAAGAAACAGUAGACAAUAUUUGACUUUGCCUAUUGCAUUUUUUUGAAGCGGUCAACCUGUCUGUACAUAUGCUACUAAUUUGAUGUCCAUUACUUAUAAGCCAAUUCUAUUAAAACUGGCAAGUUAUAUAAGAUCAUGUAUGGAAAUGUUCCACUGACAUAUUUUCUUCAUUGUAUCUAAUUCCUGUGUCCAAUUACAUCUCUGUAUCACUGCCGUGAUUUAUGAGAAUAAACAUCAUGCAUGCACUAAAAUAUAUAGAUACUUUCCUUCAGUUGCAUCAUACAGCAGACUUGACCAUGCUCUUCCAAAGCUUUGGUUUUGAAUAAUUUACCACUGUAUCUUGUCAUGUGACAUAUUGAACACUUGCAGCCCUUACUUAACAAAACCCCAGAAAUCCUAGUCUUCAUAGUUCUACAGAAGAUGAAGCUGUACAUAGUUUGCUGCAACUGUCUUCUAGUCCCCUGCUAUUAGUGCUCUGUAGCUGUGAUGUACGCUCAUGUGAAAAUGUGAUACAUUCACAAUCCUCAGGCAUAUUUCAUAAAAGUAGUCAAUGAGAAUUGACUCGUGGUAAAAUAUUCUCUUUGAAUGUAAAAUUGGACAAAUUAUGUUCUGUAAAAACAUUAUCUUUUGUAAUAUUGUUUCCUCAUGGAGCUGAAUGAUUACUACUACUCACCAGUACAUACACAAACAGUAUUUGAUUAUUACCUCAAAUAUUCAUUGAUAAUACCAGUUUUAGAUACCUGCAGUGAUUCCUGGGAACCUUGCCACAAAGUCGUCUAAAGGGCUUUGACAAUCAUAACUCAAUGUUAAAAAAUAGGAGUUGUGAUAGAUCAGUUUGUGAUUGGAGCCUAGGAUUUACUUGCACAAACUGGUCACAUAAAGGCUUGGGCUACUUUAAGUCCAUGAUUGUGUAUAGGAGUAUAGUUAAACCGCCUUGAUCACUCAAGUCUUUGCAAAAUUGUAGACAUAUCAAUCCAGUGAUGGAGUGGGGCAUUCUUUUUGGGUCUUCAUUUUCUAUUUUUUUGCUUUUUCAUUGAAUCCAGUGGACACAAGCUGAUGGUUGUUGGGUAGGUAGGAAAGUAGAUUUUAUGACAAAAGUUGCAAGUCUUUUUGCCACACCUCUUUUAACAUUUAACAUGUUUAAUUUCACUUGUUUUACCAAUGGUUUAGGUGUAUUGUCAGUAUCUUGAUGUGAUGUAAGCCAUUUGCUUAUAAAAAUAUGUUGGUAUAAUAUAUGAAUAAUAAUUUCGGAGAAUACAUCCAUCAGCAGUGUUUCUUCUUUGAUAUGUAGUUUUAGCCAGGAAGCAUGUAGUGAUGUCUCAGGCUGUAGGUUAGAAAACUGGAAUUAUUGACAAUUUCCGAAAUGAAAUAUAAAUGAAUUGAGCAAAUGUUUAUAUAUAGUAGUAUAUCUUAAAUGCAUGUGUUUUUGUUUGUAUUGUUCUUAUGUUCAUCAUUUGUGCCAAAGGCGUGGUAGAUGUUUGUAUAUAUUUGUACAAUACUAGCAGUGUAAAUACCAUUGUUAUUAUCAAUGACAAAAUUAAUUUAUUGUGCUGAAUCUCAGUUACAUGUAUUGUCUAAAACCUAAGCACUUAUUGUCACCUCUGUAUUUGUUUCAUCCAGAUGUCUUUAUCCUAUGUUUGGAAUAAGUCUUUAUUCUAAAUAAACUGUUUUACUAUUACUGUUA